AUGGGGGAGGUGGAGGAGAUGCUGGAGGGCUACGAGGUGAAGAGGGAAGGCGAGGCCGAGAUCCUCAUGCUCAAGAGCAACGCCGUCUUCUUCAACCCCGUCCAGGUCCAUAAUAGAGACAUGUCCAUUGCUGUUCUAAGGACAUUUUUAGCCAAACGCAAGGAAGAGCAUGAGGAAAUGGUGAACAAAAAGAACAAAUCACAUCAGAAUGUGAGCCAAGAUGUGCCACCUAAAUCAGAUGCAAAUGGUGCUUCAAGUAGCCUUGAUGGUGAAAUCAAUGGUGAUCAUGGAAAGCAGGUAAAUCAGGACGCAGAUAAGGCAGAGGAUCCAUCAACAGAAACAACACAGACACCUUCCUGGAAAAGAAAAGGAGAACUCAAAGCACCAAUUGUUCUUGAGGCAUUGGCUGCUUCUGGGUUGAGAUCUCUGCGCUAUGCUCGUGAAGUUGAUGGGCUUGGAAAGGUGGUUGCACUGGACAAUGAUAAAGCUUCUGUUGAAGCUUGCAAGAGAAAUAUUAAGUUCAAUGGUACUGCAGCUUCUGAUAAAGUGGAAGCGCACUUGGCUGAUGCUCGAGUUUACAUGCUUACUCAUCCAAAGGAGUUUGAUGUGGUUGAUCUUGACCCCUAUGGGUCGCCUUCAAUAUUCCUCGAUUCUGCUGUACAAGCUGUUGCUGACGGAGGAUUGUUGAUGUGCACAGCCACUGACAUGGCUGUCCUAUGUGGGAACAGCGGUGAAGUUUGCUACUCCAAGUAUGGUUCCUACCCAGUCAAAGGCAAGUAUUGCCAUGAAAUGGCUCUUAGGAUCCUCCUUGCCUGCAUUGAGAGCCAUGCAAACAGGUAUAAGCGUUAUAUCGUCCCAGUUCUCUCUGUGUUUAUGGAUUUCUAUGUCCGUGUUUUUGUUCGAGUAUUCACUUCGGCAAGUGAAAUAAAGAAUGCUCCUCUUAAGCUCUCUUAUGUAUAUCAGUGUGUUGGUUGUGAUUCUUUUCAUCUUCAAUGUCUUGGGAGGACUGUUUCUAAGAAUAACAGUGUGAAGUAUGCACCUGGUAUUGGGCCUGUUGUUCCUCAAGAGUGUAGCGAUUGUGGGAAGAGAUUUAAUGUGGGUGGGCCAAUAUGGUCUGCCCCUAUACAUGAUCAGGACUGGGUUCUUUCUACGUUGGCAGAUGUCAAACCAAUGAAGGAUAGAUAUCCUGCAUACAAUAAGAUUACUUCAGUUCUGACUACUGUAUCCGAGGAGUUACACGAUGUACCGCUGUUUUUCAGUCAACAUAACAUUUCUGGGACUGUCAAGUGCACUUCCCCGUCUGCAGUUGUGUUCCGCUCUGCAGUUCUCAAUGCUGGAUAUCGUAUCUCUAGUACCCACGUGAACCCACUAGGACUGAAGUCCGAUGCCCCUUGGGAUGUUAUUUGGGACAUCAUGCGCUGCUGGGUGAAGAGUCAUCCUAUCAAGGAACAGCCAAGUGACUCCGCGGGCACAAUGAUUCUUUCGAAAUCUCCUAAACUGGAAGCAAACUUCUCAAGAGCAAUUGCUGCUCUAAGCAACGCUCAAGCGAAGAAGGUUAAGCGGUUUCUUCCCAACCCCGAGCGGCACUGGGGCCCGAAGGUCAGGGCUGGGAGAACGAUCACAAGCAAACAUGCUUCUCUAUUAGGCCAUGAGGCCAUGAAUGGGGUCCUCCACCACGAAGACAAGCCAGCUCCAGAAACUGAAGAAGGGGCCAGCAUGGCCAAAGAGAACGAACACGCAGCCAAGCGUCAGAAGACCAGCGAUGAUGAACAGGUCACUGAACCGUGAUUUAGCUUGAUCUUGUCAAACUGAUGUAUAUCUAGUUAUCAUCAAAAUCCUUAGUAGUCUACCAUGUCAUUUCCUGCUGGUUUAUCGACCCACUUGGGAGGGGUUGUUUUUCUAGGCAUAUCAAUUGAGUGAGUAAUUACACAAAACAAUCUUAGAUCUCACUUUUGGAGCUUAUGACAGUCAUUUAUUCUGACACGCGCUCCUUGACAGAAACCUAGUGCGCAGGUCAAUUAGUGUUAGGACUGGAUUAAGCAUGAGAGAAGAGAAACGCUUAUCUUCCUGAUGGUUUUUGUGUUUUACUGUAAUUUGUCUUCUCCAUGAUAAAAGCAUUUCACGAACCCAAA